AUGGAGGUCGAGUCGAAUCUUACAGAAAAUCUCAGCUCCAAUCAAGCCUGCAAGGAAGAUGAACUUUCAUUUCAGUUUCUUGCAUCAAAGGGUAAUUAUCUACAUGAAAUUCACCACCUUGAUUCAUCGUCGAAUCCCAUAAUCGAAGACGAAAACUUGUGCAGUUUGGAUCCUUUCAAUCCAUGUUCAUAUGGGUGUUCAUCAAAUAACAGUAAUGCUGCUGUUGAGGACUUGUAUGAGUUUGAUAAAGCUUGUGCAGAUCAAAAUGGUGGGUGUGGACAAGUAAUGGACAACUUCCAAAGCUCAGGAGAUUACUACAAUUUUCAUCAAAUGAAUCAAAUUGACGUAAUGGGGUUGGAAAGGAAUUCAAUUCCACUGGAUUUCCCAGAUGUAAAACCUGUGAGUUUCUUUGUACCUGAUGAAGUCUCGUGCAUUACUUCAGGAAAUGGCCAUUUCCAAAAGGCUACCAUGAAUAAGAAUGUGAAUUUUUCAUCUUUGUUGAGAACUUCCAAAGGUCAAAACAAGCCAAAUGUGAUCAAAGGGCAGUGGACAGUUGAAGAAGACAGAUUUGAUAUUUGUGUUGAAAAAAACAGGGUUUUGGUUCAGUUGGUUGAACAAUAUGGAACGAGAAAAUGGUCUCAUAUUGCACAGACGUUGCCUGGGAGAAUAGGCAAACAAUGCAGAGAGAGAUGGCACAACCAUCUCAGGCCUGACAUCAAGAAGGACACAUGGAGUGAAGAAGAGGACAGAGUUUUAAUUGAAGCACAUGCAGAAAUAGGGAACAAAUGGGCAGAAAUUGCAAAGAGAUUACCAGGAAGAACUGAAAAUUCAAUAAAGAACCACUGGAAUGCAACCAAAAGAAGGCAAUAUUCGAAACGAAAAUGUAGAUCCAAAUAUCCAAGGUGCUCUCUUCUGCAGGACUACAUAAAGAGCCUGGAUUCCAACACAACUCGCCACCAGAAGAAAAUUUGCCCAAACGAUACCAAAUCAAAAUCGAAAUUGGCCGAUCGUCAUCAUCGUCAACCACAAACCGCUAAUUUUUGCCCUAAUGACUGGACGGUUCCGAAUUCCGAUUUAAAGGACGAAGCAGAGUUUUACCUCGACGAUAAUUUCUUUCGAGAAGGAUGUAGCAUCGACACGCUCAUGGAGAAUAUAGCUGCCGCCUCCGCUGACGAUGCCAAUAAUUAUGAACGGAAAAGAUAUCACGGCAAUGAAGAAUUAGUUGAGUUUCAUCAGAGAAGCAAUGUUGAAAUGGAGAAAUUGCAGAAUUGUGCUCCAGUGAAAACGGCGGCAGCGAUGGAGUUUGAAGUAACAAAAGAACUUGAUUUAGUAGAAAUGAUGAGUCAAGUGAAUGAAGUUAACAAGAUGAGAUGAGCCAAAUUUGCACGUACAUGCA